AUGCACCGCUUCACUCUCCUGGGUUCAAGGUCAAUGGCCUCAGUUCGCGGUCUUAGAGACGGUGAACUGCCUCGUCGUCAGUUACUUCUGGAACCUCAUUGGACUGCUCGAUGUUCACAGUUUGUGGUCCAUGUUCACGGUCUUAGGAGCCUUGAACUGCAUUUUCUGGCCGUGAACUGCGGCUACUUCCUUGACGCUUCACUUCACUGGUAG